AUGUACGACGAUCGAACUCCAAUGCAGAUAUUGGAGAGCAUGUUGCAAGAAGAAAGGUACGUUUAUUUCACCAGAGUGAAUCCCUCCACAAACGCGGUCGAGGAGGGUUUUUUCGUUCAUCCGGACUCGUACAACAUGUGGCGUGCAUUACCACAUGUGUUGAUGAUUGAUGCUACCUACAAGACGAAUGAGUAUAAGCUUCCGUUUAUUCAAGUUGUGGGUGUGACAUCAACACACAAGUCUUUUUGUGUGGCUCAUGCGUUUGUCUCUAAAGAAAAAAAAGAUAACUUCUUAUGGGUCCUGGAGAAGCUCAAAGAAUUGUUGGUAGAUUGCAUGGAGCCACGUGUAAUUGUAACAGAUAGGGAUCAAGCUUUGAUGAAUGCUUGCGAUAAAGUAUUCCCAAAAGCUUCCAAAUUGCUAUGUAGGUGGCACAUCUCACAGAAUAUUCUAAAACACUGUCGGGCAAAAUUUACGGAUGAAGACCGGAAAAUAUUCAAGCUUUCUUGGUCUCGACUGUGUAGUUCUCCUACUCCGACGCUAUACCAUUAUAACUUUCAGCGGCUUUUCACGCGACUGGUUAACAGCGAACGAUCAGAUGUUGUUCUGGAUUAUUUGUAUGAUGUGUGGCUGAAAGAUUAUAAAGAAAAGUUCGUUUCAGCUUGGACUAACACAGUCCCCAAUUUUGGUCAACAUACAACCAACAGAGUUGAAAGCCAGCGUUCUAAGUUUAAGAGAUACAUUAAAGGGCCAAACAACUCACUCCAUAGACUUGUGUGUCUUGUUGGCAAAGUUGUAGAGUCACAAAAGAUACAAAUAAAACUUAUUUUUCAGGAGAGCAGGUCCGUGCAAAUGGGGGACCACAGAUUUCCAUUUUUUGACAACCCACGCGGUAAUGUUUCCCAAAAAGCCUUAGAGUUAUUGGUUGUCGAGAGGAAGAAGCUACAUGCGUUGAGGGCAGGAGGGGGGACUUGUGGCCACCAGCUUUCUACGGGUUGUGGGUUGCCAUGUGCUUGUCAGAUGGAGUGGUGGGAAAAUACAGGUUGCAAAAUUCCACUUGCCGCGAUAGACAAAUUCUGGACAAAACUUGAUUUCUCGACAGAAAAACUUAAUCAAGACGAGUGUAAUAUUCAUGCGGAAAUGGAUAAACUCACACAACAAAUACAGAUGCAGCAACCUCUAGUGUUAAAAAGUAUGUUGUCGAAGAUGAAAGCGGUGUUGAAUCCAAGUAUGACUGACCAUCAACCGCCUGAGGUACAACAAGAUACUCGGGGCCGCCCAACUACAAAAGCAAAACAACAAAAGAAUGAAGACCUUGCGAGACGUAAAGAUAAACAACCCGAAUCACAGAGGAACGACUACACUCAAAUGCCAAAUGUGCGACGUAGUCGUUCAAAGAAAAGCAAAGAAGAAAAAAAUACACUUUCGAUUAAAGAUAAAGACUUUCCACUGUUGGCCGGGCACAGGUACAAAAACAUGAUCGAGCGUUUUAAGGAUUGGCUUCCAUCUAGCUAUCGGAGAUACAUAACACAUAUCGAAGAUGCCCAGCCUGACGGUAACUGUGGGUUUCGAUCCAUAGCUAUGGGUUUGGGGUAUGACCAGAAACAAUGGAAGUGGGUCCGCCAAGAGCUACUCGACGAGAUGUUCAUUAACAAAAAGCGUUGGGGGCAUAUACCCGAAUCAUUGGACAAGGGAUGUUACGAAAAUGUGUAUCGAUUUGGGCUAUGCCUGGUGAUCAGUUUUUUGCUUGGUGGCCCACUCUAUGUCGUGAACCCUUCGGUAAGAAGGGCCGAAUUUCUGCGAUUCCUGACCCACUCGUUCGCUACAUACACCGCUGCAUUUCCACGUCGAUCUCUGCGUGUGGCAAAAGCAACAAGUGGGUCACGAAGGUGGAUCUGUUCUUUCUGUACUGCUUAUAUACGGGCACACCGUGCGCCCUCCAUCGCUGUCUCGCGGAGUAUUUCGCCUCGUACGGCAAACGGCAGAGGCGUAGCCGUUUGA